AUGAAGUGGAUUUCGUUCUCUCUGCUCUCCGCCCUGUUGCUGGUGGCGGCGGUGUGCUUGGCCAGCGCGGCGACCAUCCACAAGCGUCAGGAGCCCCCGUCGCCGCUGCCCUCGGUGAACUCGACAGCCUCGCCCUCUCCCUCUGUCAUGCCCCCGCCCCAGAACGCCUCCGCCACGCCCUCGCCCGUCAGCGCGUCUGCCAGCCCUUCGCCUGUCGACCCGUCGGUCAGCCCAUCGCCCCUCCAGCCAGUCAACGCUUCUGCGUCGCCCUCGCCAGUCAGCGCCUCCGUCAGCCCUUCGCCGCACCACCCAGCCAACACUUCGGCCACGCCCUCGCCGGCCAGCCCAUCGCCCGUCGCCGAGUCCGUCAGCCCUUCGCCUCACCACCCCGUCAACGCUUCAGCGUCGCCCUCGCCGGCCAGCGCCUCCGUCAGCCCUUCGCCGCACCACCCAGCCAACACGACAGCGUCGCCUUCGCCGGUCGGCGCGUCAGCCAGCCCGUCGCCGCACCAUCCGACCAACGCGACCGCGUCGCCCUCGCCGCACCCGGCCAACACCACGGCAUCGCCCUCGCCCACCAUGCACUCGGCGUCGCCCUCGCCCGCCGCCCAGCCGGAGGACGACGACAGCAGCGUCCUGUUCCUGGGCCUCGGUCUCGGCCUGGGCCUGACGGCGCUCAUCAUCGUGAGCCUCAUCGCUGUCUGGCUCUACAGGAGGAGACUCCACGCCUUCAACGCCGGCUACCACCCCAUCAACUCCGACACCUAA